CUCUUGUUUGUUGUUGUCAUUGCCUGCCACUUGUAUGGAGUGAAUGUUACUUGUCACCUAUCAGCCCUGAGCUGGUUAUUGCCCAUGGUUGCUGCUUUAUUUGCGUACUGAUGUGAAGACCAUUGAUAAAGCAGCUGAAGGUGGUUGGGGCUUGGACACUACCCUGACGAUCUCCUGCAGAGAUGUCCUGUGGCUGAGGUGAUUGUCCUCCAACCUUCACAAGCAUCUUCCGACAUGCUCUGUGUGAUUCCAUCCCGCGGUUCACAACAUGACAUGUGUCCCUCUAGUUUUAGACUUCCUUAGGAGAAAGACUGACCAUCCCCCUUUUUAAAUGUGACCACAUGAUUUAUAUAAGGUAAAUGAAAAUGCUGGAAAAACUCAGCGGGUGAGGCAGCAUCUAUGGAGUGAAGGAAUAUGUGACGUAUUGUGGAAAACAAACUUGCCUCGCACGUGUCCUUUAAACUUUCACCCUUCCGCCUGAAAGAUAUGCCCUCUUGUUUUUGACAUUUCCACCAGGAUAAAGGUUCUGACAAGUCUACCUCUUCAAAGGGAUAAGGGACAGAACACGGGCAGAUGGAAGUAGGGCAAAGAGCUCAAUAGAAAAUUCCUGGAUCCAUUCUUGGUAAUCUAAGUGCAGAGCGGGAUUUUGAAUUUGCUGACACUUUUAUUGUUUGUGGAAGUGAACUUUGUGCCACAAAAGGCUCAAUGUCCUGUCGGCUAGUUAAUAGGUUAGUGAAUCCAGGGCUCAGAACUGUUCCUGAUGGACAUCAUGAAGAUCAGGCUUCUGUUUCUGGAAUUUCUCCUUCUCCAGAGGGCAACUAGUGAGAACGUAUUGAUCUGGCCUGCAGACGGAAGUCACUGGAUUAACUUGAAAUCCAUCAUCAACGAGCUGAUCGUAAGAGGUCACAGUGUUACUGUAGCUGUGAGUUCAGCUGCACUUUACAUCGACUAUUCUGAACCCUCACCAGUGAAAUUUGAAGUAUUUCAAGUGCCGUUUACCAGUGACAAGUACAGAGAUUUCAUGCAUGCGAUUUUGGAAUUCUGGAUCUAUGAAAAACCCCAAAUAUCCCACUGGGAAGCGUACAGAAGAUUCUCAGCAAUCAUGGAACGUGGAAUCAAACUUGCCAAAGACAUCUGUGACGGGGUGAUAAAGAAUGAAAAACAUUUGCAAAAACUGCGAGAUUCGAAGUUUGAUGUCGUGCUCUCCGACCCCCGUGCAUUUCUGUGGGGAUCUCCUGGCUCUGAAGCUGGGAAUUCCCUUCAUCUUCUCGCUGAGAUUCUCCCCGGGAUUUACAGUGGAGAGACUCUGCGGACAGAUCCCAGCCCCUCCCUCCUAUGUACCGGCGAUCCUCUCAGAGUUUACCGAUAAGAUGUCGUUUACUGAGAGAGUUCAGAACGUUCUUUACACAUUCAUGUACGACUGGAUGUGCAAACGGAUGUGGCGUGAUUGGGACUCCUAUUACAGUGAAGCUUUAGGUGAGGUUGACAUUUUCCUUUCUUUUUGUCAUUUGACUUGAAUGCAAAAUUGCCAAUUAGUCAUGUAGAAAUUAACAACUUGUAACUACUGACGUAACAAAGCCAGCUAUGUUAUUUUAAAGUAUAAUCUUCACCAUUUUGACAAGGUAUUCAUUGAAGGUACGUACAGUUCGUAAACUGAGCCAGUAUUUAAUGGCCCAUCCUUAGUUGCCCUUGAGAAGGUGGUGGUGAGCUGCCUUCUUGAACUGCUGCAGCCCUUGAGGUGCGGGCACACUCAUGAUGGUUUUAGAGAGAUAGUUCAAGGAUUUUGUCCCAGCUACAAUGAGAGAACGGUGAUAUAUUUCCAAGUUGGGAUGUUGUGAGGAUGGGAGGGCAGCUCUCAGGUUGGUGGUGUUCCCAUGUUCUUGCUGUCUUUGUCCUUCUAGCUGGUAGAGGACAUGGCUUUGGAAGGUGCCAUCUUUGGUGAUUUGCUGCAUUGCAUCCUACUGGUGGUACUAACUGCUGAUAGCGUGCGUCGGUAAUGGAGUGAGUGGAUGGUUGAGGAUGGGAUACCUGUCAAGUGGGUGGCCAUGUCCUGGAUGGUGUCGAGCUUCUUGAGCAUUGUUGAGGCUGCCCUCAUCCAGGCAAGUGGAGAGUAUUCCAUCACCCUCCUGAGCUGAGCCUUGUGGAUGGUGGACAGGCUUUGAGGAGUCAGGAGGUGAGUUACUCGCCCCAGGGUUGAAAACAUCUAACAUGGUCUUGUGGCCACAUUGUGUGUGGGGCUGUUAGUCUACAUUCAUGAGCAUAUAGGUCAGGCCUUCCCAAUAUAAUCUCAUCUGGCAAACCAUCUAUCCUUGCAAACAAGAUUCUCUACUGCCCUUCCUUUUUAGUAUCUAUAGCGUUGUUCAGGCCAGAUGUUAUUGUGGGGGCCAGAUGUUAUUGUGGGGAUGUGAGGGGUUACUGUGGAGUUCAUUGUUCAUUCAGGAUUACUGUGGGGUUCAGUUUUAGUUGUGGGUUCUGGGCGUUACUAUAAACUUGUCAUGGCUGUCGUGGGGUUCAGGUCACAAUGGAGUUCAGAGGUAAUUUCACCCAUUCAUUGAGAAAUCUAAGUUGCUACUUUUGACGAGGUUUAAUUUACAAAGUAAAAUAUAUUCAAGAUAACUAUUUUCAUAAGAAUACCAAUGCCUCUCAAUUUUCUCUUAAAUCUUUCUUUUCCCACCUUUAAAAAAUAUAUGCCCUCUAGUUUUAGACUUCCCCAGGAGAAAGACUGAACAUCCACCUUUUAAAUGUGUCCACGUGAUUUAUAUAACUCUUUUUCUUUCCCUGUCCCCUUGAUUUUGCGACUUGUAUCAGGUAAACAUGUAUCUGUAAAUCAGCAUUUGCAUCAUGUUGGAUCAUAGAACAGUCUAGCCCUUUGGCCCACAAUAUCUGUGCUGAACAUGAAUUCGAGUUAAACUAAUCUGCUUCGCAUGAUCCAUCCCCUCCAUUCCCUGCAUAUCCACGUACCUAUCUAAAAGCCCCUUAAAUGCCACUAACGUAUCUGCCUCCACCAUCACCCCUGGCAACAUGUUCCACGCACCCACCACUAACUGUGGAAAACAAACUUGCCUCGCACGUGUCCUUUAAACUUCACCCUUCUGCCUUUAAAUUUAUGCCCUCUAGUUUUUGACAUUUCCACCUUAGGAUAAAGGUUCUGACAAGUCUACCUCUUCAAAGGGAUAGGGGACAAACACAAGCAGAUGGAAAUAGGUCAAAGAGCUCAAUAGCAAUCCCUGGAUCCAUUCUUGGUAAUCUAAGUGCCGUGCGGGAUUUUGAAUUUGCUGACACUUUUAUUGUUUGUGGAAGUGAACUUUGUGCCUCAAAAGGCUCAAUGCCCUGUCGGCUAGUUAAUAGGUUAGUGAAUCCAGGGCUCAGAGCUGUUCCUGACGGACAUCAUGAAGAUCAGGCUUCUGUUUCUGGAAUUUCUCCUUCUCCAGAGGGCAACUAGUGAGAACAUAUUGAUCUGGCCUGCAGAAGGAAGUCACUGGAUUAACUUGAAAUCCAUCAUCAAUGAGCUGAUCGCAAGAGGUCACAGUGUUACUGUGGCUGUGAGUUCAGCUGCAGUUCACAUCAACUAUACUGAACCCUCACCAGUGAAAUUUGAAGUAAUUCAAGUGCCGUUUACCAGUGAUAAAAUUCAAGAUUUAAUGAAUGCAAUGUGGGAAUUCUGGAUCUAUGAAAAACCACAAAUAUCCCACUGGGAAGCGUACAGAAGAUUCUCAGCAAUCAUGGAACGUGGAAUCAAAUUUACCAAAGGCGUUUGCGACGGGAUGAUAAAGAAUGAAAGACUUUUGCAAAAACUGCGAGAUUCGAAGUUUAAAGUCGUGCUCUCUGACCCCGUGCAUUACUGUGGGGAUCUCCUGGCUCUGAAGCUGGGAAUUCCCUUCAUCUUCUCUCUGAGAUUCUCCCCGGGAUUUACAGUGGAGAGACUCUGCGGACAGAUCCCAGCCCCUCCCUCCUAUGUACCGGCGAUCCUCUCAGAGUUUACCGAUAAGAUGUCUUUUACUGAGAGAGUUCAGAACGUUCUUUACACAUUCAUGUACGACUGGAUGUGCAAACGGAUGUGGCGUGAUUGGGACUCCUAUUACAGUGAAGCUUUAGGUGAACCAACAACGCUCUGUGAGACAAUGGGCAAGGCGGACAUUUGGCUGAUUCGAACAUAUUGGGACUUUGAAUUUCCUCGCCCAUUUCUGCCCAAUUUCGUAUUUGUAGGAGGACUACACUGUCAACCAGCAAACCCGCUGCCUCAGGAGAUGGAGGAAUUUGUUCAGAGCUCUGGAGAGCAUGGCAUUGUGGUGUUUUCCCUGGGCUCAAUGAUAAAGAACCUCACCACUGAGAAGGCCGAUUUGGUCGCUGAAGCACUGGGGAAGAUUCCGCAAAAGGUUCUUUGGAGAUACGCUGGUGAGAAGCCAAAAACAUUGGCACCAAACACAAAGCUGUACAAAUGGCUGCCUCAGAAUGACUUGCUUGGGCAUCCCAAAACAAAAGUAUUCAUCACUCAUGGUGGUACCAAUGGGAUAUAUGAAGCCAUCUAUCACGGGGUGCCUAUGCUCGGCAUUCCUCUGUUUGCUGAUCAGCCUGAUAACAUGGCUCACAUGAAAGCAAAGGGAGUUGCUGUGGUUGUUAAUUUUGCUACAUUGAGUACACAGGAGUUGGUUGUUGCCCUCAACACUGUGAUUAAUGACACGAGGUAUAAAGAAAAUGCAAUGAAGUUAUCUAUAAUUCAGCGAGACCAACCGAUGAGUCCUUUGGAAAGAUCUGUGUACUGGAUUGAGUUUGUUAUGCGACAUGGAGGAGCCAAACAUUUGCGACCUGCAGCACACUCUCUGUCUUGGUACCAAUAUCAUUGCCUGGAUGUAGUGGCGUUCAUUGGAGCAUGUGUGGCAGUUUUCCUCUAUCUCCUCACAAAAUGUUGCUUGUCCUGCUGCAGAAUAUGCAGGGGCACGAAGGUAGAGAAGGAAAAAACUCAAUGAUGGCUUAAAAUACACUGGACCACUUUGAGUUUAUAGCAUUGUAAUUGCAUUGUAAUUUCUAUGAUCAUGCCUGUAAAUUGCACAGUGCUUUAUGCCGCUGCCACGAAAGGCUAUGGAGAAAGUUAAUUGCAUUUCGUGAUCAUGUAUGUUGCCAAUGGUUUGAUCUCAUUUUAUAAUUGGCGAUUUCAAACUGUGCUUAAAGAGUGAUAUGUCAAGGUGACUCACGAUGAAUCUCAUUGAUAAUCAUUCUUGCAAUCUGGGAUGUCACUAAGCUCAACUAACAAAGUGCUGGAGGAACUCAGCAGCAUCUGUGGAGGGAAAUGGACAAGCGAUUUUUGGUCAGACUGUUGGAUUGGAGGCGAGAAAGCUGGUAAAGAGUAAAGAGAGAAGAGGGGAAAGUGGGCAAGAGUUGGCAGGUGGAGGCCAGGUCAGUGGAUAUUUUUAAGGCAGAGGUAGAGUAUUUCUGGAUUGGAACGGGGGGGGGGGGGGGUUAGGGUUUUGGGUAGAAGGCAGGAAAAUGGGAUUCGGAGGCGGAGAUCAGCCAUGAUUGAAUGGCGGGGUGGACUCGAUGGGCCAAAUGGCCUCAUUCUACUCCUACAGCUUGUGAUAUGUGUGGAUGGGCAAUUAGUAGAUGGGUGGAGAUAGUGAUAAAGGCUGGAGACAAAAGGUGUUGGAUGGGAAGGGAGGAGUGAAGAUAAAGCUGGAGGGAGGAAUAUGGGUUGGAAAGGGCAGCAGGAGGGAUGGGGGAAUGGGGGUGGAAUAAAAGGAAAGGAAAAUAGGGGACUCAGAAUAGAGAGGAAGGGAGAUGAGCGGAAGGAGGGGAAAUGAAUUAGAUAUUAAAUAUAGUACACACACGGAUGGGAGGAGGCAUUGGGAGGAAGACCAGAUAGGGUGAAAGAGAAGAGAAGGUGUUGGCUUGCCUGAAAUUGGAGAAUUCAAUGAUCAUGCCCUUGGGUUGUAAGCUACCCAAGAUGAAUAUGAAGUCCUCUUCUUUGAGUUUGCAUGCAACCUUACUCUGACAAUGGAGGAGAACCAGGGCAGAAAGGUCAGUGUGGGUGGGAAAGAACUGCAGAUGCUGGUUUAAAUCGAAGAUAGACACAAAAUGCUAGUGUAAAUCAGCAGGACAGGCAGCACCUCUGGAGAAAAGGAUUGGGUCAGAUGAAGGGUCGCAAUCCGAAAUGUCACGCAUUCCAUUCCUUCACUCCAGAGAUGCUGCCUGUCCCACUGAGUUACUCCAGCAUUUUGUGUCUAUAAGGUCAGUAUGGGAAUGGGAAGGUGAGUUAAAAUUGUUAGCAACCAGGAGAUCCAGCAGGCCUUACUCUACGCUUGGACUUUCUGAUGUCAGGGUCGCCUGAAGAAAACUCCCAACCCGAAACGUUGCCAGUCCUUUUUGCUCCACAGAUGCUGCCUGUCCCGUUCAUCCUGCACCUUGUUUUUUACCCAGGAUUACAGCAUAUGCCGUCUCUUCUGGCUUCCUAUUAUCUGUUGUUGGGGUGAUGUUAAUCAAGUAACGCCUAGAAUUUAGAGCAUUUUCAAACCGUCAACGUGGUUUUAUGAAAGGUAAAUCAUGUUUGACCACUCAUGUAGUAACAAUCAGAAUCAAUAAAGGGAGACCUGGAGAAAAAA